AUGACGGAAUUAUGCUUUAGUCUCCUAAAACCCAGAGCUGUUCCAAAUGACUUCUCCGGUCACAAGCUACGAACUCCACCGUUGUCCAAGUACGGUCAAGCACGCUUCGUGGUUGAUGCAUCGGAUGUUCAGGCAGCGCGUGACUUGGGCCUGCUACGGGAUGACGUUGUAUUGGACUCUGAGAAUUCUGUAGCAGAAAACUACGGUCUGGUGUACGACCGUCUAGAAAAUUUGGCUAAACAUGAGUUCGCCUCUCAGAAGGCAGCCAGAUCGAGCUUAAAAGAGUUCGACGUUCGCUGUGGAUUCCAGAUAUUUAUGAAACAGACGAGUAUGAAACCUAACAAUUCUGGGAAUGCAAAAUACGGAUGCAAGAAGCUACAUGGAGCGCAAUUUUUUGACCAAAACACUCCAGUUGAAAGUCUGGAAUGA